AUGACGUGCGUUUCUUUCCAAGAAACAAGCUGUGAAGAUCUCUAUAAAUAUAUCAUCGCCGUCUUCGUUUUCUUCCAACCUCAUAUUGAAUCUUUCUUCUUCUUCUGAUCUUCUUGUUCGUUUAGUUUCUUGUAAUAAGCAUCGACGUUUCGUUUGAUCUUUAUAUUUCUUCUGGGUCGUCAUCGUCUGCUUCAAACUCAGUUCUUAAGUUGGCUGCAGAAGAGCUUGAUUUAGUUAUAUUUCAACCAUGAGUUCUGGUAUUCCAACAGCAUAUCCUAAAGCAACUUCAAGAAAUGCAUCAACAAUGAUUCCUCCACCAGUUGGUUAUCCCACCACUAACGUCACUUCACCGAACCCCCAAUCAGCUUCUUACGAGACCAAGUCCAGGGGUGAUGGUUUUUGGAAAGGAUGCUGUGCGGCAUUGUGUUGCUGUUGUGUUUUGGACGCUUGCUUCUGAGGAGCCAUAUUAUUUACGAGAGAUAUAUGUAUCAUCUUCAUUUGGUCGUGUUUGGUUUAUUUCUUGAAGAAAUAAAGAAUGAUUGUAAUGCAAACUAGAUUGUUUUAGUUUAUAGUUUUUAAUUUUUCAUAGAUUUAUUGUUGUUGACUUGUACGUUGUUAGUGUUGUAUAAUGAUCUAUAAUAUACAAUUCUUUUCUA